CAACGUCUUCGAUGUUUCAACACCAUGCAUCCUUAGUCACUGCAUAUAUCUACACACUCAGUGUAUAGUUCAUCCUACCCAAAUACCUCACUCUCUUACUCUCCAUCACACAAACACCUUCAAAUCAUCAAUGGCGUCUAAAGAAGAUCUUGUGCAUGUGUUUCUAGUCACCUUUCCAGGACAAGGCCAUGUCAAUCCACUCCUCAGACUUGGUAAGCUCAUAGCUUCAAAGAGUAACCUGCUUGUCACCUUCUCUGCCACCAAAUCCAUCGGAAACAAAAUGAAGAAAGCCGGUGCCGACGUCUCUGGUGAUCCUACUCCGGUAGGCAACCGUGGUGGGAUGAUCCGCUUUGAGUUCUUUGACGAUGGAUGCUCUGAAGAUGACGAUGAAGAAGUCCAUGACCUUGACACGUAUUUACUUAAACUUGAGGCUUACGGAAAGAGAGCACUAACCGGAAUCAUCAACCACCAUGCACAAAACGGCCGGCCGGUUACGUGCCUAAUCAACAACCCUUUUCUCCCUUGGGUUUCCGACUUAGGAGAAGAGCUUAACAUCCCUUCAGCAAUGCUUUGGGUGCAAUCUUGUGCUUGUUUUUCGUCGUAUUAUCAUUACGAGAAUUCAUUAGUGCCUUUUCCAAGUGAAAAACAACCAGACAUCGACGUUCAGUUGCCAAGCAUGCCGGUGUUGAAGUCCGAUGAGAUUCCAAGCUUUUUACAUCCUUCAACGCCUUAUCCGUUCUUGAGAAGAGCCGUUUUAGGCCAGUUCAAGAACUUGUCAAAGACGUUUUGUGUAUUAAUGGAAACAUUUCAAGAACUUGAGGGUGAUCUUAUCAAGUAUAUGUCUCAAAUAUKUCCUAUCCGACCUGUUGGUCCGCUGUUCAAAAACCCAUUACUUGAAUCUAGCUCCAAUAUCUCCGGCGACUUGCUAAAGGCCGACGAUUGUCUUGAAUGGCUCGGCUCAAAGCAACCUUCAUCCGUGGUUUACAUAUCAUUCGGAAGUGUUGUGAGCUUGAGCCAACAACAGUUGACCGAGAUGGCUUAUGGGGUUUUGAAUUCUGGAGUGUCGUUUUUGUGGGUCAUGAGAAAGGGUGAUACUUUUAAUGGUGUGAAAUGCGGCAGGUUGCCGGAGGGGUUCUUGGAGGCGGCGGGUGAGAGGGGGAUGGUGGUUCACUGGAGCCCACAAGCACAGGUAUUAACCCACCCGGCGGUGUCUUCUUUCGUGACUCACUGUGGGUGGAACUCGACGAUGGAGGCGUUGUCGAGCGGUGUUCCGGUGGUGGCGUUCCCGCAGUGGGGGGAUCAAGUGACGGAUGCCAAGUACGUGGUUGAUGAAUGGAAGGUUGGGGUUAGGAUGUGUAGGGGUGAAGCUGAGAAUCGAGUGAUUGAGAGGGAGGAGAUCGGAGAGUGCUUAAAGGAGGCAACUAAUGGUGUAAAGGCGGUGGAGAUGAAAAAGAAUGCAUUGAAGUGGAAGAAAGCGGCGGAGGAGGCGGUGGAAGACGGUGGAACAUCUGACCGGAAUAUUGAAGAGUUUGUGGAUGAGAUAAGGAAGAUAAGGCAAUCCACAAAAACCUGUGGUUAGGAGUAAUUAUUUACCUGAUGAUAGUUUUAUUAAAAACGUUUCUUUCAAUCGUCAAUAGAUUAAUU